UAUUUAAUUUAUUAAAUAAGUGUUUAUUAUAUAUAUUUUAAAUGAAAAUAAGAAUAAAACAAGAAAGUGACCCAAAUUUUUUGCUUGCUUUUGUUAAACGUUCAUAAAAAACGUUGAUAAAGAAUAUUACAAAAACAAAAAUUGGCUGACCAAACGAUAAGGUAUAGUACUUUAUAGACGGACAAGCAAAAUGGCACCAACACGUAAAGCGAGAGAUGGACUUUUAGCGCGUGUAAAUUUUCCUUUAUAUGCGGUGGAAAUGCUAACUAGUCGGCAUGUACUGGUCGCAGGUGGUGGGGGUUCUAGUAAAACAGGCGUAGCCAAUGGAUUUGAAAUUUAUGAAAUUUAUCACAACGGCACGCACUUUUGUGCCGAAGAAGUGGUGCGACAUGAAACUGGUGCCAAUGUUGUUAUGAACUGUGCAAUACGCAACGAAAGUCGUCGUUCCUAUCUGUUAGCUGGCCAAGAAUCACACUGUCAAAUGUAUUUUGUAAAUCCACGUAUUAUAACUGGCAAUGAGGAUGAUGCAACAACGGUAGAUAAAACACCUCGCGCAGCCACAGAGCGUAUAAAUGAAAAUGGUGUACGUAAACGUGGCUCCAAUGCGACGCAUUCAGGUGUAGAGGAUUUGCGUAAUGGGAUUUCUCCUAAUAAUAAAAAGAAAAAGGAAGACUUAAAUGCCAAUCUAAAACGUAUACGUUUUGAUAUAAAAGCAGCUGAUUCAGUGCAAACAGAUUUUUUGACUGAAGAGCCACUACAGCGUGUAGUGCGUAUAAGUCCUGACGGACGUUUAAUGGCAACUGGCGGUACUGAUGGGCAUCUACGUGUCUGGACGUUUCCACAAAUGGUACAAACGGAAGAUUUUAACGCUCACACAAAGGAAAUUGAUGAUAUUGACUUUAGUCCAGAUUCAAAGUUCAUUGUGACAAUCUCAAAAGAUGCCCAAUGCUUUAUAUGGGACAUACACAAUAGCAAACAGUUGCAUAAACUAAAUUGGGACACACCUGAGGGUGCAAAAUACCUAUUCAAACGCUGCCGUUAUGGUACUAUUGAAGCACAAUCAGAUAAAUAUCGUCUGUUUACAAUAACCAAUCCGCUGGGUAAAGUUGGUAAACAACGUGGCUUUCUGCAACAGUGGGAUAGUACGCUUGGGAAGCUACGUGUGGCUAUUGCUAUUGAUGAAAGUUUAGCAUCGCUGGCGGUGCGUGAUGAUGGUCGUUUUGUAGCAAUUGGCACAAUGUUCUCUGGCAGUGUUUCCAUAUAUAUUGCCUUUAGUUUACAGCGUGUCUUACACAUUCCGAAUGCGCACUCAAUGUUUGUUACUGGUUUGGAAUUCUUGCCGAUAACGAAUGCUGAGGGUCCGCCUAUCUCAUGCGAUGCUGAGGCAGCAGUUUUAUCAAUAUCAGUAGACAAUAAAGUUUGCAUACAUAGUUUACAACAUCGACAUACAAUACCUGCCUGGGUGGCCGUUUUAAUCAUAAUAGCUAUGCUGUUUGGCGUUUUUAUUUUAUGCUCGUACCUUGGCAUUUAAUUAAAAAGACCAUUUAUGAAUAAGCAUUUAAUUAAAGUUAACU